GUGUGCUGCCAGAGGCUGGAAGCUGCAAUGAAGUGCACGAGGACUGGACGGCUUAGUCUCCUGUGAAACACAGAGGAGAAAGGACUGUCUCCACCAGCCACAGUCUACAGUCGAAUUUAGUUAAAACACAUGUUACUUUCAAUAGUCACCUGACAUACUGCGAUGGUCCACAUUUGUCGCUAAGUUUUUAGCAGUGCGUAUAUGCUGACAGCCUGGAGGUAAAUCUACUCGUCCAAUUAUAUUUCUCUGGGGAAGAAGGUGGGAAAAGGAAAGCCUGAAAUGUGAAAACCAAACAAAUCAGGGAUAAAAUGAGCUAGGUGAUUGAUGCAGGAACCUCUUGUAAUCAGUUCCAGCGCUACAGAAGAAGACUUGAUUCCAAUAAUCUGGAAGGGUUGUUGCACAGUGCUGCUGCGGGACUUCCUAUUCCACUGCAAACUGUAAUUGGUUCCAAACCUGGAUAAAGCGUUGUGGAUUGAACUGAGACCUCGUUAGAUUUGGGCUGUGAAACAGCUGUAUCUGCAGAUUUUACAUCUGGCUGGGAAGAUUGUGAAGACUUGGCUUUAAGAAUGCAAAGGGAUUAAGAAUGGUCUUUUUGUAACCUGAAGGAGGUUGAUAGGUGUAUUAAGGAAGCGGAGCAGCAGGAUGAGUAAGAGAUACACACAUAAAGCAACACAAAGGACACUGCUACUUGUUAUCUGCGUGAUAACCCUUUGGGGGAAAUCAGUAACAGCAGUAAGCCACCAUAAAGCUCACCAUGUCAAAACGGGAACCUGUGAGGUGGUGGCAAUACACAGAUGUUGCAACAAGAACAAGAUAGAAGAAAGGUCUCAGACAAUAAAGUGCUCCUGCUUUCCAGGACAAGUGGCAGGGACGACUCGUGCCGCCCCUUCCUGUGUUGAUGCCUCAAUUGUGGAGCAGAAAUGGUGGUGUCAAAUGCAUCCAUGCAUGGAUGGAGAGGAAUGUAAAGUCCUCCCAGAUCUCAAAGGCUGGAGCUGUGCUUCGGGGAAUAAAGUAAAAACAACUAAGGUAGCUCGAUAGUUCAAGAUCUGAAUGGCAAUCAGCAUCCUGAGAUUUUGAACUCGCUCCUAACCUGCUGCGGUUCCUUGGGAAGCUGUUUUUUUUUUUUUUUGUACAUAAAAAUGGGUUUUCAUAACUUUGUCGUUUUAAUGAAGAAUUAUGCCUAGAUUUGGAAUACAGAAGAAUAGCACAAGGAAAACAAGGACAGCUAGAAGAGAUUUUCAUAUAUGAAGACCUGCAGUGGAGUAAACAGCAAGCAGCUCUUCUCUUUAAAAAAGAACUUUUCUGCAACUUAACUGGAACUCAUAAGUAGGAGGUGAACAUAUGUGCUCCUUUGCAACCAAACAUGCUGUUAUGAAACAGUCAUCUCUGCCACGCGCUGGAAUACCGAGGAUAAUGUUAUUAAAAAAUGAAAUAAUGUUCUUUGCCACAGUAAAAGAUGAACAGGUUUAUUUGCUUUAAAAGGCUUUUUUCAAUACCGUGGGAUUGUCUUUGUUAUAUGAAGACGAUAAUGUUGAGUAGUGAUAACUGUUGACAGGCUAUGCCUAAAUAUAUGUAAAUUAUAUAUAACAUAUUGAUGUGCUGUAAGUGAGGUUGACAGAAUUGCCCAAGACUAAGCAGACACAGUAUAUCCUUAGGACGUUUAUAAAUGCUGGUAAAAUUUUCUUUUAUUUCAUUUUUUUUUUUUCAUGAUGAGUUCCUCUCUUUAACCUUUUGGGUGCUAGUGUUGUUUAUAUCAUAGACAUAUCAAGAUUUUUUUUAUUUUUUUUUUUAUGUGCAGCCUUCCGAUUCAAAAGUGGAAUGUGUUGGCUCAUUUCCCUGAGAUAAACCACUGGCUUCACAGCCCCCAUUCACAAGUCUUGGACUACCUAAUAAUGCCUUAAGUAAGGUAGUCCCAGAUUAGUGCUAAACAGGAUCUGUGAAAUCACCUGUGAGUUUGUAAAUGGUCUUUUCAUCUCUUAUCAGUUCAGUACCUUGUAAAUAUUGUGCAAUGCUGGUCCAUUUCUAGUAAAUUAGGUUAAAAAUAGAGAUGCCAACUUCUACUAAACAGCAACGAACAGCAUUGACAUUUCUAGGACGCAUUUAUGUUUCUGAACUUAAACUAUUUAGCCUAGUGUUUAGUGAUGGUAUAACUUUUGGCAUUUUAAGAAGGACGUUAAAAAAAAACAUUUUAAUUUAAAAAUAAAAACACAGAAGUCAUUCUAAUGCAAGUGAAGUCAGAUUGAAUACUUAUUUUAAAUAAACAGGAAACAGCAAAUGAAUACUUUACAUGAAACCAAUUAACCCUCCUAUAAACCCAAUGUAACAUUAUUUCAAACACAUAUUCCUGGCAGAAGCUAAAACAAGACAGGGUAAUCAUUCAAAAGGAUUCCGUUUGUUUUGCAGAACCAUUUUGUUUUUCCAAUAAAUGUAUUUCAUGCAGGCGUCAGAGACUUGAAGUGAAGUCAAUAAGACAGGAAAGACUUCAGUCUACUCAGUUGCCCAUUCAAUUACAUUGUGGAAAUUCCAGCAACACAGUUUUAAACUUGGGUGUAAAACACUACUUUAAAUACUUGUUACUAAUAAUUCUGACAUGCUACUUCAUUUCUUUAACACAUCAUACUUUAUUAUAGUGUCAUUUGGUCUGGCAAGGAUCUGCAGAAAUAUGUUUGCAUUUAUGAGAUCCCUCUAAUCUAUUAUUUUUUCUGUCCCCUUGACUAUGGUCAUAGCAAAUGCCUAAUAUACAUAUCACAGGCUUUUGUUACUUCUUCUGCCAGAUGUGCUGCAGUGAUAUUACAUAUUUUUUAAAAACCCGGCACUGUCAUCAAAAUGUAUUUGUACUCAUUGUGAACCCAAUAAACCACAAUCAAGACGUUUGCUAUUGUACCUUUUUAGGUUAGAGUAUAUCUGACAUCAAAACCACUCGCACCAACGUUGAAGAAAACAUAGCCAAGGCUGAACAAAAUUAGAUUGAUCUCAACUACUGUAGUUUUCAAAUGAUUGGAAUACCAAAUUAUUCCAUUUUUAUUUAAUUAAUUUUACUGAACGAUGAUGAGGAAGGCACUUGGAAAAGAGCUGAAGGCUAAUCGCUGGACUCAUUUGUUACAGUAAGUAUAUGGAAAGUUAACUUAACACUUCAACUUUUUUUUAAACCUAGGCUGUCAUGUUUAAAGCUUAAAGUAUGCAUAUACUUCUAAAUCAUGCUUUUGGAAUAUUUUUGUUUCAAUAAUAAAAAAAAUAAAAAAAAAUCUCUUUGUCUAAAAACAAAAUGCAACUGCAAUGUAAUAUAAUGUAUUUAAACAUACAAUCGUCCCAUCUAUUGGAAAAAAAAAUGUAUUAUUUACAGUAAGUUAAUGUUGUCCUAAGAGGUGAAUAAAAUUGUGAUACAAAAGAAAGAAAAAAAAAAUGUCUUCAAC